CUGCUUUAGUAGUCCGAUUGACACUUGUGAAUAGCUGCAUACGCGUUUCUUAUAUAUUAUUGCUCUGCUAAGCUAAGCUUACUGUCUGAUACCUGUCAAAGUGUGGACUCCAAAGUGGCAAUGAACCCUUUUGUUUUUGCUCCACAAUAAACCACAACCAGGAGUUCCCUUUUGUUUUGUUUUCUUUUUUCCUUCUCUCUCCCUUCCUGCUUUCAUUUCACGGCUGCAGAGAGCAAGUGAAGGGAAGAAUCAAGGAUGGGAACUAGCUCAGUUUCCAUGUUGUUGAGUUUGGUUUGCUUGGUUAUGUGUUUGGGUUCUCAGCUAAUCCAAUGUAGUGUGACCUAUGAUAGCAAGGCAAUUGUUAUCAAUGGCCAAAGGAGAAUCCUUUUCUCUGGUUCCAUCCAUUACCCCAGAAGCACUCCUGAUAUGUGGGAAGAUCUGAUACUGAAAGCGAAAGAUGGGGGAAUUGAUGUGGUUGAGACCUAUGUCUUCUGGAAUGUGCAUGAGCCUACUCCUGGAAAUUACAAUUUUGAAGGGAGAUAUGACCUGGUGAGAUUCAUAAAGACAAUACAGAAAGCAGGCCUUUAUGGCCAUCUUCGUAUUGGACCUUACAUUUGCGCAGAGUGGAAUUUUGGAGGGUUUCCUGUUUGGCUGAAGUAUGUCCCAGGCAUCAGCUUUAGAACAGACAAUGAGCCUUUCAAGAGAGCAAUGCAAGGGUUCACUGAGAAGAUUGUGGACCUGAUGAAGAGUGAACAUUUGUUUGAAUCACAGGGUGGCCCCAUUAUACUCUCUCAGAUUGAGAAUGAGUAUGGGUCAGAAAGUAAGCUACUUGGUGCUGCUGGUUAUAAUUAUAUGACUUGGGCAGCAAAUAUGGCACUCAAAACAGGAACUGGGGUGCCUUGGGUGAUGUGCAAGGAAGAAGAUGCUCCAGAUCCAGUUAUAAACACGUGCAAUGGAUUUUACUGUGAUUAUUUCUCCCCCAACAAACCAUACAAGCCUACAAUGUGGACUGAGGCUUGGAGUGGAUGGUUCACGGAGUUUGGUGGUCCAAUUCACCAGCGUCCAGUUGAAGAUUUGGCAUUUGCCGUUGCUCGUUUCAUACAGAAAGGAGGAUCUUUUGUUAAUUACUAUAUGUACCAUGGAGGGACCAAUUUUGGUCGCAGUGCUGGAGGUCCUUUCAUUACUACCAGUUAUGACUAUGAUGCGCCAAUAGAUGAAUUUGGUUUGAUCAGGCAGCCGAAAUAUGGUCAUUUAAAGGAGCUUCAUAGGUCUGUUAAGAUGUGUGAACGAGCUUUAGUGUCAACUGAUCCUGUUGUGACACAAUUAGGGAGCUAUCAACAGGCUCACAUGUACUCUUCAGAAUCAGGAGAUUGUGCAGCUUUUCUUGCAAACUAUGAUAGAAAAUCGACUACAAGGGUGUUAUUCAAUAAUAUGCACUAUAACUUGCCACCUUGGUCCAUCAGUAUCCUUCCUGAUUGCAGAAAUGUGGUCUUUAAUACUGCGAAGGUUGGAGUUCAAACAUCUCAACUGGAAAUGUUGCCAGUAAAUGCUGAUAUGCUUUCAUGGGAGAGUUAUAAUGAGGAUACUACAUCUCUUGAUGACAGCUCGACAUUCACUGCUCUUGGUCUCUUGGAGCAGAUAAAUGUCACAAGGGAUGCUAGUGAUUACUUGUGGUACAUCACUAGUGUUGAUAUUGGUUCAUCUGAAUCCUUUCUACAUGGAGGGGAACUUCCUACUCUCAUUGUUCAAUCAGCAGGCCAUGCUGUGCAUAUCUUUGUUAAUGGAGAACUUUCAGGUUCUGCCUUUGGUACAAGGGAGAAUAGGAGGUUUACAUAUACUGGAAAGGUCAAUUUGCAUGCUGGAAAAAACAAAAUUGCAUUGCUGAGCAUUACUGUUGGAUUGCAGAAUGUGGGCGGACACUUUGAGACAUGGAACACAGGAAUACAAGGUCCAGUUGCACUGCAUGGGCUUGACCAGGGAAAAUGGGAUUUAACCUGGCAAAGAUGGACAUAUCAGGUUGGGUUGAAAGGGGAAGCCAUGAACCUAGUUUCUCCCAAUAGUGUUUCCUCUGUUGGCUGGAUGGCAGCAUCAUUAGUGGAACAAAGACAGCAACCAUUAACAUGGCAUAAGGCCUAUUUCAAUGCGCCUGAUGGGGAUGAACCGUUGGCUUUGGACAUGGAGGGUAUGGGAAAGGGCCAAAUAUGGAUUAAUGGGCAGAGCAUAGGAAGAUACUGGACUGCAUAUGCCACUGGUAAUUGCAAUGGGUGCAGCUAUGAAGGAACAUUCCGUCCUCCCAAGUGUCAGCUUGGUUGUGGUCAACCGACCCAGCGAUGGUACCAUGUGCCUCGAUCAUGGUUGCAGCCAACCCAAAAUCUCUUGGUAGUUUUUGAGGAACUUGGAGGAAAUCCCUCUAGAAUUUCUCUUGUGAAGAGAUCAACGACCAGUGUGUGUGCUGAGGUAGCCGAGUUUCAUCCAACUCUCAAGAAUUGGCACAUUGAGAGCUAUGGAAGAGCAGAAGAGUUCCAUAGCCCCAAGGUUCACCUGCGGUGUAGCGUAGGCCAAUCUAUUUCUUCCAUUAAAUUUGCAAGCUUUGGAACUCCUCUGGGAACUUGUGGGAGCUACCAGCAAGGACCUUGCCAUGCUCCUGCUUCAUAUGAUAUCGUUGAGAAGAAGUGUAUAGGGAAGCAGAGAUGUACAGUCACCAUAUCCAACAGUAACUUUGGCCGAGAUCCAUGUCCAAAUGUUUUGAAGCGGUUGUCCGUUGAAGCUGUCUGUGCUCCAACUAACUGGAGAGGUUAGACAGGGAAAUAUUGAGAAAAUACUAAUUUAUAUUGCAUCUAGUAUUUAACUACACAUUACCAGCAUGAACAAUAGGGAAGACUACAGGAAAGGCUUUUUCUUAUUUAGAUAGGUUUAGCGCCACAGCUUUUAAAAGUUGGAGAAGCUGUGGCAAAAGGUGUUUGUUGCUCAAGGCAAUUAGUGCUCCAAGUGGGCUAAUGUACCACAGUAAAUUAGAGGGUGUUAGAUAGCAAUUCCCUGGGUUCCUGCAAUUUAGGGCCUAAGGUGAAUUUGAAUCCCCGGUCCCCACCCGUUUUAACUGGAUGUGGGCACUGGGAAAAAGAGGUGUUUUAAGUUUUCUAGUGGUGUGGUUUGGUUAAAUGUUUGUAUCAGGUUUGAUAAAAUCAAACCCCGAGUUUGUUUAUGUUGGGAGCGGAUCCUGACCAUUGUUGUGCAGUUUCCUGCAGAAAUUUAGAAAAGCUUUUGUCUUCUGCA